AUGAUACUAUCCUUUUUUUUCUUCACAUUCACAAAAGCAACAUUUUAUGGUGACACUGGCUAUGUAUUGUGGAACGUGCAGGGUAACUUAAUUUGCCCAGGUUAUUACAAAGAGCGUACAUUUGGCUUUGCUAAACCUUUUGACAAAGUUCCAAAAUUGAUUUUCACAAUGGAAGAAUAUGAAUCUUCUCCUAAUAAUCUCGGAGUUAAUUUUUAAUUAGUAAGCUUGUUUAAUAAUCGUAAUUACUCUAUAAUAAUUCAUAGAGUUUAAUGCAGGGAUCUCUUGCAGUGGUCCAACCUUAUACGCUUUCGGAUUCAGAUGGGUAGCUAUAGAUAGUGAUGAAUUAUUUGUAGUUAACGCAUUUUAUACAACUCCAGCUCAUUUUCUAACAUAUCCUCAUUCAGCACCAAAUGCAGAUGCUGCUUUCGUAAGUCUUUUUUAUUUUGGAUAUACAGGUGAAGUGAACUUUUAGAUCCAAGUAUUUAUUAUAAGUAUUGAAGGUUAUUGAACUGAACUCAACACAUGUUAAAGUUGGAAUCGAUAACAUAACUAAUUUAAGAACUUUAGGAUUUUAAAUUAUAUUGUAUCCAAUAGCAAUGGUAAAAAUAAUGGAUACAAUUAAUGCUACGUCUUCUUUUACUAGUCCUUCUUAUGAACUCUCACCAAAGUCCUUUUUCAUAAUGCCCUUCCAAGGCUUUUUCCAUAUCCCUGGUACAGAACAUGUAAAAAUUAAACAUACAAGAACUCAAACAUUAACAGAUAUUUCUUAUACAUCUGAUUCUCAAGAUAGUAUUUAUUACUUGAAUAAUACUCAUUUGGCACUUUGGAUCAUCAUUAACCCUCUGCCUGCAGAAUGCACUACGAUUAGAAUAACCUAAAUAAAGGAUUUAAAAGCGAGUACCAGACCAACCAUAUAAGUUUCUGUGCCUGAGCUAAAUUUGGUUUAUGGUUCUGUUGGCUAGUGCAACCUUAAAUUGACAGCCUCUCAGGUAGUAAUAAACAUUUAAGUGUAUGCGAAAUGUUUUCAAAAUAAAAAGUAUGUAAGUUAAUUCAAUAAGUGCAACUCUUGUUUAAGUAAAAGAUAUAUGAAUUUUACUCAUAAUUGUUAUGGUGCAAUUAAUACUCUUAUUUACACAGCUAGACUUUCUUAAACUAUGCUGACUAGUCAACAAUUAGUAUUGUAUUUAUAGAAUACUAGCGUAAAAAUAACUUGGUUACUACAAACCUCUGUAAUUGAAGAAACAACCAUUUUGCAAGUUUAAUAAUAAACUAUUUGA